AAAAAAUAUUAGAAAUGCUAUCACAACAAACUAAACACUUUGCUAAGAGAUCCUCUAGUGCCAUCUUAGCCUAUCAACAAUUACUCAACAAUUCCUUUAAACUUUCCCAUACAGCUCAAACAGUUUCCAAUAAAUGGGAUCAUCAACCUUCGGAUAAACCAAUGUUUACAAAGGACAUGGUUCUAGAUCAUUACAAGGCACACAUUCCUCUUGCCCAAACUAAAUUCCGUGGCUAUGGAACAGAUGGAAUCCACACAAAUGUUGAAGAAUUAGAAAAAUUCGAAGUCAAACGAUCAUACAAACCAGUUGACUUGACUGAUAAGACAGCUCUUGCAAUUAUGAAGUUUUUGAGAGUUUUCGUCCAUGGAUUCUUUGGAAAUCGUUACAUUCACCAUGCAGUUGUCUUGGAAACAGUCGCAGCAGUUCCUGGUAUCGUUGCAGGUGGCUGGAGACAUUUCAGUUCAUUGAGAUUGAUGAGAAGAGAUCAUGGACAUAUUGGAGAAUUAAUGGAAGAAGCUGAGAAUGAAAGAAUGCACUUGUUAACAUGGAUGGAAAUGACAAAACCAACCUUCCUGGAAAGAUUACUGGUUGUGGGAGCUCAAGUUGCCUUUACUUCAUUUUACACUGGUGCCUAUUUUGUAAAUCCAAGAUUUUGUCAUCGUUUGGUUGGAUAUUUGGAAGAGGAAGCAGUGGGUGCCUAUACUGAAUUUUUGAAUGCUAUUGAUAAUGGAGACAUUCCAAAUUGUAAAGCUCCAGAAAUUGCAUUGAAAUAUUGGAAUUUGAAACCAGAUGCAACAAUGAGAGAUGUUGUAUUGGUAAUUAGAGGUGAUGAAUGUAUGCACAGAGAUUACAAUCAUGACAUGUCUGAUAAACAUAGAGCAGGAGUUGAAGGUCAAUAAAUAAACUCAACCAUUCCAUUAUUCCUCAUUUCCAAAAUCUUUUAAUAAUAAACUCCAUAAUUUCUCUAUC